CCCGCCGUGUCCACCAGGCUGAACAACCCGUUCCUGCCCCAGACCAGCCGCCUCCAGCCCAAGAGGGAGCCGUCGCCCCUGUCCGGGCCUGCUCAUCUCUUCAGGCUGUCUGGCAAGUGCUUCAGCCUGGUGGAGUCCACCUACAAGUAUGAGUUCUGCCCAUUCCACAACGUGACCCAGCAUGAGCAGACCUUCCGCUGGAACGCCUACAGCGGGAUUCUAGGCAUCUGGCAGGAGUGGGAGAUCAGCAACAACACCUUCACGGGCAUGUGGAUGAGUGAGGGCGACUCGUGCCGCGCCCGGAGCCGCCAGAGCAAGGUGGAGCUCACCUGCGGAGAGAGCAACCGGCUGGCCCACGUGUCGGAGCCCAGCACCUGUGUCUACGCCCUGACCUUUGAGACGCCCUUGGUCUGCCACCCGCAUUCAUUGCUAGUGUACCCGACCCUGCCCGAGGCGCUGCAGCGGCGCUGGGACAAGCUGGCGCAGGACCUGGCCGACGAGCUCAUCACCUCCCAGGGCUACAAGAAGCUGCUGAGGGCGCUGUUUGAGGAUGCUGGCUACGUGAAGGCCCUGGGAGGAAACUCGUCUGCCCGGGAGGGGGCGCCAAAGGCCGAGGGGCUGGAGAGUCUGGAAACGUGCAGGAAGGCCCACUCGGAGCUGACCGAGGAGAUCCAGAGGCUCACCUCGCUGCUCAGCCAGCACGGCAUCCCCUUCUCAAAGCCCACAGAACUAUCUCGUUUGGAACAGCACCUGGGCCAGGGGCUCCCCACUCACGGGCUCUCAGAGCAGCUGAGAGGCGACCCUGGGCUGCGUGGCGACGCCCUGUGACCUGAGCAACCCGGAGCGAGGGGAGAGGAGGGGGGCCAGGCAGGCCAGCGGGCAGAAACCACCUCUGCGCCCACCUGCCAGACAGGGCCGUCCCCCAACGCGAGCACAAAGGAGACCUGCACAGUAAAGACGGAGAGGUUUAAUUUGAAGUCCCAUACUGAUAAAAAUAAUUCCAUGAGUUCUGUAAACCAUUGCGAAAAUGCUAUAGUGUAAAAAAUUUAAACAAACGUUAACAGCUGACCACACGUAAAUGAUUAUGCACUAUAAACACGCCUUGGAGACCAGGAGGCCCUCAAUGCCACACGCACCCAGGUGUGUGCAACAAGGCUUCCGCACUGCACUGAAGUCCACAGGAAGUGCCCACACUGGAGAAGCCUGCCACUGUAAUCUACUGUGAACAGCGACCCCAGAGACACAGACAAGGGUGGGGCGGGCUCACACAGCCUCAGUCCUAGCCCAGGCCUGACACGGGCCGCCAGCCUCCUCCCCUCGGCCCCUUGCCCAGGAAUGCCCUGGACCACAGAAGGGAGGCGAGGAGCCAUGCCCCGGGCCGGUAGAUGCUGGCCCUUCCCUGUCUUCAGGCUCUGGAGCUCCGUUGCCCCACACAGGGACUGGCCUGUGUGGAUGGAGCCUGGCCGUUCUUCGCUAACUUGAAAAAGUCUAGGCACGAUACCAAUAAUCAACACUGUCCUGUUGUCCCCAAAAAGACCAGAGGCCCACAUGGGAAACGAGUGCAUAAAUAUCAAUAAAAAUAAUCAGCGAUUAACAAUAGCACAAAAAUACGUGGUUUCUAGGUAGUGAGCUAGUAAGUCGUUCACUAUAUAAUUAAGAACAAAAAAGAUUCACUAAAACCAAGUCAAGAGUUGCUUUUAGUAACGACUAGCUGUGGAAUGUCAUGGACUCACUGCCUUUAAAAUGAUAGAGAAUUCUCUAUCUGUGUCAUAUUAAAACUGCUUUUAAAUCUCCUAUAUUAAAUACAUUCUAGUUUGGUCAUUGAUAAAAAUGUUAACCUAGUCACUUUGCACUUUAAAAAAUGCUAUUAAAAGUCUUUGGCAAAGCCGCAGGGGA